AUGGUGGUGGUGAGUGGUGGCAUAACCGUUGGAUAAAGAGUACCGAACGCCUUUGGAUUCUUUUUCUUAACGGUAAGCAUCCUCAUCUCACCACACCCAAUUCCCUUUAACGUUACCGAACAAGAGUGACUGUGACCUUUCGCCUCCCCACUCUCUUCUCUUAUAAUCACAAUCUCCAAAACUCUCAAUUUCAAAUCAAAUAAAUAAAUACCAACAAUGCCCGUAGCCACGAAGCUUCGACCGGCUCCGCAACCGCGAGCUAUCUUGAAACCUGCCGGAAAUAGAGUAACCGUUUCCGAAGAACCCAAACCGAAGAAGGAGAACAACGUGAAGACUCCACAGCGUCCCCCGCAAAUUCCCAACACCGUUUUGCAAAGCAACGUGUCUUUGAACAGCAUGUGUUCCUCUGAUUCAUGUUCAUCAACAACCAAAAACGCAACUGUGGCUGGUAGGAGAAACGUGAAGCGUAACGGGUUUAAGCCUGUAAGAGUUGUGCCAGAUGCCGCCGAUGUAGCAACCAUAUCGCCGCCUCUUAAGAGAUGUGAAUGGAUCACUCCAAAUUCUGACCCGUUUUACACUGCUUUCCAUGAUGAAGAAUGGGGUGUUCCAGUUGAUGAUGAUAGAAAGCUAUUUGAGCUUCUAGUCUUUUCACAAGCAUUGGCAGAACACCGUUGGCCAGCAAUUCUUAAACAGAGAGACAUAUUCAGGAAGCUUUUUGAAAAUUUUGAACCGUCAUCAGUUGCUCAGUUUACUGAUAAGAAAUUGCUGACACUGAAGAUAAACGGCAACUCAUUGUUAUCAGAACCAAAGAUCCGUGCCAUUGUGGAAAAUGCUAAACAAUUACCUAAGGUUCAGCAGGAGUUUGGUUCAUUCAGCAAUUACUGCUGGAGAUUUGUUAACCACAAACCAAUAAGAAAUGAAUUCAGAUAUGGACGUCAAGUACCCGUGAAGACUCCAAAAGCAGAAGUGAUUAGCAAGGACAUGAUGCGCAGAGGUUUCCAAUGUGUGGGACCAACUGUUGUUUAUUCGUUCAUGCAAGUAGCAGGGCUCGUUAAUGACCACCUAUUAACAUGCUUCAGGUACCACGAAUGCAAAGUGACAACCAAAACAGAAUUUAAAACUGAGUUUAAGGAGAACAAUGACUGAAGGUCGUUUAAUUGGAGGAGAAUAAUGUGUUGUGCUGUAUGCUAUAAUUUUAUUCUUUCUUAAUCUGUUUGUAUGUCACCUAACCUAACCAGGAAAUGAUAGGCCUCAUCUUGUUAUUGGUGUUUCCACGUGAAGGUGCAUGUUUCUUUUAAUACCCUUACCUAAUAAGUUGCAUGUUCUAAUCUGUUUCGGUGUUCUGUAAUAAAUUUCCAACUUAGUCUUGCCACCCUGUACAAUUGAUAAUGCAUUGCUUC